ACGGCCGGGCCCCGAAGCGGACGUAGCCGGGGGGGGUCUUGUCCCUUUUGGCGCCCCGUAGCAUGGUGCCCUUUGACCCGCCGCGGCGGGGUGACAGGUCGGGCGGCCAUCUUGUGGCUGCGGCGGCGGCGGCGGGUUGUUGUUGCUGCUGAGGGCCGGUCCCCGCGGGCGGCCCCGCCGGCGCCAUGUCCUCGUUCUCCGAGUCGGCGCUGGAGAAGAAGCUGUCGGAGCUCAGCAACUCACAGCAGAGCGUGCAGACGCUGUCGCUGUGGCUCAUCCACCACCGCAAGCACGCGGGCCCCAUCGUCUCCGUGUGGCACCGGGAGCUCCGCAAGGCAAAAUCAAGUAGGAAGCUUACGUUCCUAUAUUUAGCAAAUGAUGUCAUCCAGAACAGUAAGAGGAAGGGUCCCGAAUUCACUAGGGAAUUUGAAUCAGUUCUGGUGGACGCUUUUUCUCAUGUUGCCAGAGAGGCAGAUGAGGGCUGCAAAAAGCCCUUAGAACGAUUGCUUAACAUCUGGCAAGAAAGGAGUGUGUAUGGCGGUGAGUUCAUACAGCAGCUGAAACUUUCUAUGGAGGACUCGAAUAGCCCUCAACCCAAAGUUACAGAGGAGAAGAAGUCUUUGAAGCGGACAUUUCAGCAGAUCCAAGAGGAAGAAGAUGAUGAUUACCCUGGGAGCUACUCACCCCAGGACCCUACUGCUGGACCAUUGCUGACUGAGGACUUGAUCAAAGCCCUUCAGGAUCUGGAAAAUGCAGCAUCAGGAGAUGCAACAGUACGGCAGAAAAUUGCUUCGUUGCCACAGGAAGUUCAAGAUGUGUCGCUACUGGAGAAGAUUACAGACAAAGAGGCAGCAGAACGUCUUUCGAAGACUGUGGAUGAAGCAUGUUUGUUACUAGCAGAAUACAAUGGGCGACUGGCGGCAGAGCUGGAAGAUCGGCGCCAGCUGGCACGCAUGCUGAUUGAAUACACGCAGAACCAGAAGGAUGUAUUGACAGAGAAAGAGAAAAAGCUAGAAACUCAAUGUUGCUUUGGCACGCCCUGAAUUUUGCUCGAUUUAAAGCCGUAGUUUCAACAUGCAGCAGCUGCUUGAAGUAGUCUUCACUUUGAAGAGCUCUGUCGCUGUGAAGCAUCACUUGAGCUUGACAAAUUGACAGUUGCUCUUUAACUGCUUGCAAACCAAACUAAUGCAUAAUUCUCCUAGAUCAUCACGGCAUCAAAGCAGGCUCCUCCACUGGACGAUCUUCUGUUUGGAGGGCAGAAGGUUUAGAAGGCAAAUCCAAUCCAUAAUUAAUCCAAGUUGCACUGAGAAACAUGUGUAAAUAGCUGCAUCCUCUAAUUAGAGGUGGGAGCCAGGAAUCUGACACCGAAACAGUUCUUGGUGCCUCUGUACUACACUGUCUGCAACCUAGUAGUCAAACGUAUUUGCCGUUGAGAAGAGUGUGUGAAAGCAAACAUCGCAUGGAAGUAUGGUAUGUGGACCAGGGCAUGUAUGAUGCUAUCAUGAGGCUCUUCUGUCUAGUUGGCUUACCUAAGGGCUCCUUAAGAUGAUUUUAGAGCAGACCCACCUCAUAUCUAACAUACCUAUCGGGCUUGGAGUUAGAGAAUGUCCAUAAAACAUUUUCCUGGUCUUCAAAUUGUAUACCAGCUUAGAAAAUCCUGACCGAAAUUCAGGGCUACUUUCAUGACCAUGAAAAGCAUUUGGGAAAUUGGGCACCCUCUUCCAGGGAGUGAGGAAAAAACCCAUUCGACUCCCUUCACAGUGAAAAUUCAUCCUCUCCUGGCAGCCUUAAAAAUUAAGGGAAGACUUUGAAAGAUGCCAGCAGCAGGUAGGUGCUAGGCUAUCUCCCCUUCAAGUUAAAGUAACAAAGUAAAGAAACUUUUGUUUUAUUCAAGACUCUGUCUUCUACUCUUCUGUAUGCCCUGCAGUGCUGGAGGAUGGUACCUGGGCCCAGCGUAGGCUGUAAUUAGCUUUCCCCGUUGCUAACCCUGAGCAUGCAGGGCUGUUGUGAAAAGCCACUGUAAAACGAGCAGCAUGGGGCUUCUUGCACAAUAACGUCCUCAAAGGGUAAAGCAGCCUGCAGCUGCCCUUGUGCUUUAGGGAGGGGGUGGGCAAAGGAGAUCUGGGCUUUGGUCCCUUCAGUACAAUGGCAGGAUGGGGCAUGUGUAAAUCACGGCGCAUGAGUGUGUGUCCUGGAAAGGAGGCAGACUCAACGCUUCACCUGCCCAAACCUCUGGCCCCCUCUCUUCUCUGACCACCCUGUAGUCUAGCCAUGACCGGAUUGCACACAAAACGUGCAUUCAUCUACGUAGCUCAGUCAGCAUCUUGAGACUUUAGUAAACUUUACUCCACUGGCCACAUGCAUUUCAAAGUGCCCCUUUGAGCACCAUUUUCAACAUUGCUCGUGCUGCCAAUGCCAAACCUAGGUAGUGCCAUGUUAUAGAUGAGGAGCAUCCCUAGCUGCAUUCAAGUCAAGGAUAAGACUUGGGCUCUGAAGGAGAAAUCCCCUUUCAUGCUGGCAAACAAGUGAUGUCAUUUUCAAAAAUGUGGCCCCAGAAGGCAAGGCAGAUCUCAAGAUCCUAGGACAGUCGGGCUGGGGGGGCCUCACAUCAGUAGUGCAGCCCCCUGCUCGAGGCAGAAUCGUCCCGCACUCGACCGUCCCAGCCAAGCGUCUGUCCAACCUGCUCUUGAAAACUCCCCAGGAUGGAGAUCCCACCGCUUCUCUCGGCAGCCUGCUCCAGUGCUUGACCACCCGCGUGCUCGGUUCCUCCUAAUCUCCAACCUCAGCUUCCCCCUCUGAAGCUUGAGGCCAUUGCUCCUCUCUCUGUCCCCUUGAGGAAAGCCCAUCUCCGUCUUCUCUGCCAUUGCCCUUCAGGUAUAUGAAGACUUAUCGAGUGCCCUGUCUUGCAAGGGUGUAGUUAAGACUCUUGUAUACUUUUAUUUUUUUCUUUUAUUUUAAUCUUUGUUUAAAAAAAAAAAAUUAGCUUUUAAUGUUGAAAAAUCUGUGACAUCCUGUCUGCAGGGAGCUGAAAUUUAUUUCCCUAAUUUGUGUGCCAGUACUCUUGAUAUUGCCACAGCUCAGUGAAUAACCGAUACUUUAUUGCUGCUCCCCUGCACGGAGGGAAGGCAUAAACAAUGAGCUUUAAUGAAAGUGCAGUUCUUCUCUGAAAAGUGACUUUGUAAAACUUGCAUUUUCUUGAACGCGGUGUGUUCAAUUACACUUGCUUCAGUGAGCAAAAUAAAUUGUUCCUGCUCCUUUCUCCUGCUACCCUCUACCACUCAAUGGGAGGUAGAAAGGGGCUCUGGCCUGGGCAGAAACAGAACCCGUUUUGGAGUUGGCUUUUAAUAGCAUGUCUCUUGAACCCAUCCAGUACUCCUAACACAAGAACUGCAGCUGCCCAAUAACAUUAAUCUAAUCAAAAACAUUCAUUAAAUCCUUUGGCGCAGUAUCUACAAAUAGUUUUCAUUCUUCCAGCUCCAAAGGCAGAAUUGUCUGCCUCUCUCUCAUGAUGUUAGCGACAAAGAAUAGUGUUUGAUAUCCAAACCGGAGCUGGCGUUUGGAAAGCUCUGCUCUACUUCAGAAGUGAAAAAAUAUGGGAGAUGGAAAUGACUGAGACACAGCAACCGUGCAACUGUCAGUGGGAUCUUUGUGCGUGUUUCUAAACUUAAACGGCAGGUUUCGGCAUCUGAGGAGAGCUGUGGUGGACCAAAUUUAAGAAAACAUAAAAGAAGUCCAGAGUGUCUCUUUUGGAUGGCAAAUGAAUUAUUAAGGCAGUGAAACCUUGCCUCGCAAUCUGCAUAAGCAUCCCCUCCAGCACAGUGCUCUGGUUGUAAGAUUUGUGAUUUGACUUGAGUUGAGUGGCCUUGAAGGCUGUGGGGUUUAUUUAGCCCUGGUUUUGCAAUUCAACCCUUUUUCCCUUUAGAAGAGAGAAGCCAAUAUGGACAGGGAUGCUCGUUCCCUCAUGGAUGACUCCAAUAAAGAAGAGCUGCAGGAGGUCCAGCUCGAUAAAAGUGAAUGGUGCAGGACUCGCUGCUGCCAGGGGUCAUUCUGUUGAUCAUCUUUGGAGUUGUCCGCACAGUACGGGCCAAUAGCUCCUCAUCGCCUUUCCAUUAAAGGACGGUUUUCUGAUGACAGUGAAGAUGCAACAGUGAAGUGUCACGGAGGUGAGACAACCACCCUGGCAUCUGCCAGGUAGCUGGAAGUGAUGGACUCCCCGGUUAGCGUGCGGCUCGGCUGCCUCUCAUAUCCCCUUGUAUCUCUAGAAGCUGCUGGAUCUGGCAUAGAGCAGACCAGGGCAUUUCCAGGGUAGUUUGCAAUGCCAAACUGCGGCAUGCUCCAGAGAGAAGGCCUCUGAAGACAUCUCUCUUCUACAGUGCCGCUUCUCAGAAGGUACUGGAUUUUGUGGAGCAUUUUUCCUGGAGAGGGCAACCACUUUGAAUUUGCUUCUUGCAUGUGCACAUAUGGACUCAUGGGGAAAUGGGCCUAUAACUGGGCACUGAUGAUGCCUUGAAACACUGUUCUGUGCUCCAGCCUCUCUGGCUGUGGUGACCAGAUCCUCGAGACCCACCAGGUCCUAACGUGGUGACAUCUCUUGCUGGAUGUCCCCGGGUCGGGGGACAAGCCGGGGAAAUGAAAACGCCUGGGGCACUAGGAAGGCAGUUGGACGGGGUUGUGUCAUGAUCUACUUUCCUUUUGCCUCGCAGCUGAACUGCAAGCUUCUGCCAUCGAUUCCUGUUACACUCCGAGGACGGGAUGUCUGACCUGUCGUGUUGGUGGCAGAGGGUGACUGAUGGCCCAGGCCGCUGCCCUAGCCACACGUGGUGUCUGGGGUAUCCUGGGUCUGUCAAGGGCUGAGGGAGCAGAUCGUGUGGAUGUCGGGUCCCUGUUGCAUUCUCCCUGCCUCUGCCGUGUUUGUCCUUUGGCACAGAGUGGGCUGCAAAGGAUUUUCCUCCUAAUCCCUCAAAAGCAGCUUUUUGCAGCUUCCUUGAUAGUGCUGGCAGGGGGUGUUGUUAUCUUAGGAGGAUGGAUGACUUCUGAUGGGUUUUCUGUUUCCUUUCAAUUAGCUGUAUUAGUAGCAGGGGAAGAAGGGGACAUAUCUCCUGGCUGGUUUCCCUGCACUCAUGUUGCUGUGGUUACUGGUUUUUUUACAGAGGUACCUGGUGCCAAAGAGUUGCAAACACCACCAGCCAAAUGUGCCACCUGCAACAGCUAGCAAUUUAGGUAUAAUCUUCUCCGAUUUCCAGGAGGGUAGAGAGAGCCCAAGUGCUGCAGCAGGGGAGCAGCAGUGAGACUAGCAGGCUCUGCUGACUCCAGCUUUGUCUUCUGUGGCUUUCUCUGGUUGCUGGCAGGAGUUGUGUCCUGGGCCACGUCGCUCCAGAGCAGAGACCAAGUGUCAAGCCAACAAGGAAGCCAGGUGUGCGAGCUCUGCGGGGCUCCCCGAGAGCCUUCCCAUGCUUCUCUGGGCUCCCUUUGCAAUGCCACGCCAGUCCUGCAUGGCCAGGGCCUUUAUCUAGUCGGCCAAGCCUGUUCUUGGCUCCUGCCACCGCCUACCAGUUGAGGGGAAUGCAGGGACCGGGGGGGCACGGAGCAGGUGGCCUUGUGUCCUGCUCCCUGUCAGCAUAAGGGUAACAGCCCCUUUGCUGGCCUCAAAUGUUCACAAGCAGCCGGUCCCUAGCACAGGUGAAGGAAGCACAGCAGCUUCCUUCCAAGUAGGUAGCGCCCCUGAGCCGACGGCCAGCGCCGCGCCGCGCCGCGCUCCGCUCCUAGCAUUGCUCUCCCAACUGUCCCUGGCAGGAGUUCAGGGCCCAGGCCUCUGGGAAACGUUAGUGAGCCCGUGCUUGGGGCCAGGGUGGUGGCGGAGGGCAAUGUCAUCGAGAGCGGCAGGGGGAGAAGGGGAAGGUUGGCGGGUGAGCAGCCCCUCGC